AUGACUUCUCAAUCAGGCUCUGAUGGGGGCUUUCGCCAGCACCUCCCCGACUUGAACCAGCCGCGAUUCCAGAAUAUGAAGAAACAGGAUGCGUAUGAAUACGCCGAUAUUUUCAAGAAAGAGGGCCAGCCGCCUUGGCUUCACGGGUUAUACUUACAUUGGCGCAAUUUAUUCCAAGAGCCUUAUAAGGGCAUCACAAAUGAUGGCGUGGUUAGAGACGGCUUAUUUGAGCUGCAAGACGGUGGCAUACCCAUAGACACUAUCGUCGAGGCCGCAAAUAACCUUUGCGUCAACCUGAAUCACGAUCAAAAGCUCAAGACAUGCUAUCAUAUCGACAGCCCAGAAUGGCGCUCAUGGUCAAACCCAGAGUUUCUCCUCAGCGACAAAGGCAUCCGACUCGAUGAAAUCUCAAACGAGUUGAGAUCCAAAGCGCUUAAAGUUCUGGAACUCACGCUCUCACCAGAAGGUUACCAAAAGGCACUCGGAGCCAUGCGUGUGAAUCAUUUCCUAGGUGAACUCGUUGAGACACCUGCCAUCAUGAACGAAUUCUCCUACAAUUUUGUUCUCUUCGGUGAGCCGUCAACAUCUCGUCCUUGGGGAUACUCAUUCUAUGGGCAUCAUCUGUGUCUGAAUAUCUUUCUUUACAAGACUCAGAUCGUUGUGUCGCCAUGGUUCACUGGCGCUGAGCCGAAUCUCAUCGAUGAUGGACCAUAUAAAGGCACACGAAUCCUAGACAGGGAAGAGAGUCUUGGAUUGCGUCUGAUGCAAAGUCUUUCAGCGGAGAAACAAAAGGCUGCGCAGGUGUAUAAGCUUAUGAAAGACCCCGCCAUGCCCCAUGGGCGAUGGAAUCAUGAUGAUCAACGACAUCUAUGCGGUGCUUACCGCGAUAACAGAAUCGUUCCGUACGAAGGAAUUCUUGUGUCAGACAUGUCAACCGAACAGCAGGAUCUCAUCCUCGGUAUCGCAAAUGAAUUUUUCCUUUACUUACCCGAAAAAGCGAGACAGCUGCGAGUGGAACAGUUGAAAAAGUGGUUCCACGAGACUUACUGGUGCUGGAUCGGAGGUUAUGGUGACAGUGAUCCAUUCUACUAUCGGAUCCAGAGUCCGGUUAUGAUAUUUGAGUUUGAUCAUCAUUCAGGCGUUUUUCUGAAUAACAAGGAGCCUGCCAAGUUCCAUAUUCAUACACUGAUGAGGACGCCUAAUGGCGGAGAUUACGGUAUGGCGCUGAGGAAGUUGAUACCCGGGAUCAAGCAGGAAUAUCUUUGGGAGGGGUAG